AUGGUUCAAAAAGCCAUCACGCCUCCGGACAGCUCGUCCAGCGAGUGUCACGGAUCGUCGCCCGAGGCAAAAAACGCCGUCAAAGCAGCGGCGCCAUCGAGUCGUCGCGGCCAUUUCAAGUCGCGAUUGGGCUGUUUCAGUUGUAAGCGAAGGAGGGUCAAAUGCAACGAGCUUCGCCCAGAAUGUUCGCCAUGUCGUCGACUGGGCUUGAUAUGCGAAUAUCCCGCUCCUCAAUCAUCGUCUACACCGCGGACAGCGGUCCGACCCAACCCUUCGGCCCUGAAUCUUGAAGACCUGCGCUUCUACCACCAAUUCCUUACCGCCGGAUUUCCAACACUGCCUCUGAGGGGAGGAGAGGUCUGGGCGGAAUGCGCUGCCAUGUCAUACAGCUCCGAAUGCCUUGCACAUGCCAUCCUCGGACUCGGAGCAUCGCAUUUGUCAAGGAACUGCAACGUCAACUACGAGGCGCAAGCCUUGCAGCAUCGCGUCGCGGCCAUCAAAUUGGUCAAUGAGCAAUUAGAAAGGCCGCCCCAAAAGCCAAUUGAUGCCGACAUCCUGUUCGCCACUCUCAUCUGCCUCCUCACCCAGUCCUCAUUGAUGUCAGACAACAUGGUCGACUACUUGACCAUGACGAGGGGAGGCAACCUCGUUGCCACCACCAUCAUUCCUGACUUUAAUGCGUCUAUUUUCAAGAAAUUCAGCCCCGAGGGCCACGUCAUGUCGUUAGGCGAGAUGGUGGAAGAGCAGCCAAAAGACUUGGCCUUGAUUGAAGCCUUCAGGGCUUCUGUUUUGGGCAUGGAGCCUAUUUGCCAAACCAAGAACGAAAUAAAAUACCUCGAGGCUUUGGUCGCCUGUAUAGAUGCUCUGAAAACCUCGUCACACUCUGCUUGGUUGCAUUUUGUGCCCCUCUUCAUGAUGCCAUCGACAUUCGACAACCAAGAGUUUCUCGCCUUUGUGAAUCCAGAAAACUAUACCGGAAAAUUGUUGCUCAUCCACAUGUUUCUGCUUGACUAUGUGCUCGGUCGAUUUUGUCUUUCACUCAAGGAGGAGCCCAAAUGCCCGGGUCGAAAGCUGACCAUUCUUUCGUGGACGAGAGGCCUUGCAAAAUCGCUCCCGGAACAGUACCGACGCCAUAUUGAAUGGCCACUGCAGUACUGUGAGGAAUUGGAGAGCCAAGAUUCGCGCUAUCUGCUGAGUCCGUGA